AUGGCGGGUCCCAGUCGCGUGUAUCUCUUUGGAGAUCAGACUGCUAAUUUCGACUCGGGCCUUCGCCGGUUGUUGCAAGCCAAGAAUGACUCGCUGUUGAGUUCAUUUUUUCAAAAGUGCUAUUAUGCAUUGCGGAAAGAGAUCAGUCAACUGCCGCCAUCGCAGCGGCAGAUGUUCCCUCGGUUUACAAGUGUCGUCGAUCUCUUGGCCAGGUAUCGUGAGUCUGGACCAAGCGCUGCUUUAGAGAGCGCUUUGACGACCAUUUACCAGUUGGGAUGCUUCAUCCACUACUACGGAGACCUUGGCCAUGCCUAUCCAUCAGGAUCUGAGAGCUUCAUCGUUGGUCUCUGCACUGGACAACUUGCCGCGGCGGCUGUCAGUUCCUCUAGCACCGUUGGAGAACUGAUUACUGCCGGUAUUGAAACUGUCGUUCUGGCCCUCCGAUUGGGAAUGUGCGUGACCAAGGUACGAGGACUUGUCGAAGCAGCCAAAUCCCCAUCGCCAAGUUGGUCGGUGCUGGUCUCUGGAAUCCGAGAGCAAGAAGGCCAAAAGUUGAUUGAAGUAUUUGGCCAAGCCAAGGCUCUUCCCCGGGUUUCCCAGCCCUAUAUCAGUGCUGUCAGCCCCAAUGGAUUGACAAUUAGUGGUCCACCAAGCACUUUGCAGGUUUUCGUCGACACUUGUCUCUCUAAGGACCAAAAGCCUGUUCGGGUACCGAUUCAUGGCCCCUAUCACGCAGCUCACCUUUAUGAUUCGAGGGAUGUCAACCGUAUCCUGGAAUCAUGGCCCAGAGAGAAGUUUGAAAGCUAUGUGCCGCAAAUUCCAAUUUUCUCUAGUGAGACUGGCAAGAAAAUUGAGGCAGAAAAUCUCGAGGAGGUCUUGAAGAUUGCUCUUAGAGAGAUUUUGCUACGUCAACUAUGCUGGGACAAGAUCAUCGAUAGUGGAAUCUCGGAUCUUGAGAUUGACACUGAAAUCGGCAAUGUGCAGAAUGAUUCGACUGGAGACAAUCGCAGCGGUCGUACAGAGCAGUCAAAGAUUGCCAUUAUCGGUCUCUCUGGUCGCUUUCCAGAGGCACAGGAUACCGAAGCUUUUUGGGAUCUCCUCUACAAAGGAUUGGAUGUUCACCGUGAAGUGCCUGCCUCGCGUUGGGAUGUGAAGGCUCACGUCGACAUGGAAGGAAAGACUCGAAACACCAGCCAGGUUCAAUACGGAUGCUGGAUCAAUGAGCCUGGUCAUUUCGACCCUCGUUUCUUCAACAUGUCUCCUCGCGAGGCACUGCAGGCUGAUCCUGCCCAGCGACUUGCCCUUCUCACUGCAUACGAAGCAUUUGAGAUGGCAGGCUUCAUCCCUGAUAGCACACCAUCUACGCAGAAAAACAGAGUUGGUGUGUUCUACGGAAUGACUAGUGAUGACUAUCGUGAGAUCAACAGUGGCCAGGAUAUUGAUACUUAUUUCAUUCCUGGUGGCAACCGUGCAUUCACACCUGGACGCAUCAACUAUUAUUUCAAGUUCAGCGGCCCAAGUGUCAGUGUCGAUACAGCCUGUUCUUCGAGUCUCGCAGCUAUUCACGUUGCAUGCAAUUCUAUUUGGAGAAAUGACUGCGACUCUGCCGUUGCAGGUGGAGUCAAUGUUCUGACAAACCCGGACAAUCAUGCUGGCUUGGACCGUGGCCACUUCUUGUCAAGAACUGGAAACUGCAAUACUUUCGACGAUGGUGCCGAUGGCUACUGUCGUGCCGAUGGCAUUGGCUCAGUUGUUCUGAAGCGUCUCGAAGAUGCUUAUGCAGACAAUGAUCCCAUCUAUGGUAUCAUCUCCGGCGCCUAUACAAACCACUCAGCCGAGGCCGUGUCUAUUACCCGCCCUCAUGUCGGCGCACAGUCUUUCAUCUUUGACAAACUCCUCAACGAGGCCAACAUUGAGCCUAAGGAUGUUAGCUAUAUCGAGAUGCACGGCACUGGAACCCAAGCAGGUGAUGCUGUCGAAAUGCAGUCAGUUUUGGAUGUCUUCGCGCCCGAUUAUCGCCGUGGACCAGCUCAAUCACUCCACCUUGGCUCUGCCAAGGCAAACAUUGGCCACGGUGAAUCUGCUUCUGGUGUCUGUGCAUUGCUCAAAGUGCUUAUGAUGAUGAGAAAGAACAUGAUCCCUCCUCAUUGCGGCAUUAAGACCAAGAUCAACCACAACUUCCCAACGGACCUGGCUCAACGAAACGUCCACAUUGCUUUGGAACCGACCCCUUGGAAUCGGCCAGUUGGUGGAUCUCGAAAGACAUUCGUCAACAACUUCUCAGCGGCAGGUGGAAACACUGCGUUGUUGGUUGAGGAUGCCCCCAUCCGGGAGCGCGAGGGUAAAGACCCGCGCGGCAUUCACUCCGUGCUCGUUUCCGCGCGUUCCCAAUCCGCCCUGAAGAACAACGUUGCGGCCAUGGCUCAAUACAUUGAAACUAACAAGAACUCUUUCAAUGUAAAUGAAGUUGAUCUCCUCGCCAGCCUGUCUUACACUACUACGGCGCGACGCAUCCAUCACCCUUUCCGAGCCUUUGCUGUCGGUUCUACUCUGGAUGAGAUCAAGAACGGCCUCAACACAAGCGUCGGGCGUGAGAGUGUCACUCCCGUGCCUGCGACCGCGCCUGGAGUUGGAUUCAUCUUUACUGGCCAGGGAGCUCAGUACACAGGCAUGGGCAGCCAGCUGUUCGAGAACAACUCCGAAUUCCGGGCUCACAUCGAGCACCUUGAUCGCAUCGCCAAGAGCCAGGGCCUUCCUUCAAUUGUCCCUCUUGUUGAUGGCAGUGUUCCUGUUGAGGAACUCGGUCCUGUCGUUACUCAGCUGGGUACCACCUGUAUACAGAUGGCACUCACAAGGUACUGGAUUUCCCUCGGAGUCAACCCGACGUUCGUCAUCGGCCACAGCCUUGGAGAAUAUGCAGCAUUGAAUGCCGCUGGCGUGUUGACCACCAGUGAUACAAUUUUCUUGGCUGGUCGUCGUGCUCAGCUACUCACUAAGAAAUGCCAGAUGGGAACCCAUGCAAUGCUUGCCGUGAAGUCCUCGUUCGCACAAGUAAAACAAUAUCUUGAGGACGAUUCUGCCGAGAUUGCUUGCAUUAAUGCGCCCAGCGAGACUGUCAUCAGCGGACCUAAUGGCAAAAUCGACCAGCUUGCAGACAAGCUUGCCAACGAGGGAUUCAAGGCCACGAAGCUCAAGGUGCCUUUUGCGUUCCAUUCUGCCCAGGUUGACCCAAUUCUGGAAGAUCUGGCAGAUAUUUCCAAGGGUAUUGUUUUCCAAGAGCCAUCGAUUCCAUUUGUGUCGGCUCUGCUUGGAGAUGUCAUCAAGGAAGCCAACCCUGAUGUGCUCUCCCCUAGCUACCUGACCAGACACUGUCGCGAGACAGUGAACUUCCUUGCUGCCUUGGAGGCCACUCGUCAUGCCAAUCUGAUGAAUGAUAAGACUGUCUGGGUUGAGAUUGGAUCGCACCCCAUCUGCUCGGGAAUGGUCAAGUCAACCUUCGGUCCUCAAACCACAACAGUUUCAUCUCUUCGCCGCCAGGAGGAUACUUGGAAGGUGUUGUCUAACAGUCUUUCUUCUCUCUAUAUGGCUGGUAUUGAUCUCCGCUGGAAGGAGUAUCACCAAGAGUUCAGCUCUGUUCACGAAGUGAUUCCUCUGCCUGCUUACAAGUGGGAUUUGAAGAAUUAUUGGAUCCCGUACACCAACAACUUCUGUCUGCUGAAGGGCGCUCCUGCGAAACCUGUGACUGAGUCUGAGUCUGCACCUGUUACGACUUACUUGACGACUUCAGCCCAAAAGGUCCUGGAGACUAGCGGUGAUGAUAAGACUGCCACCGUGGUUAUUGAGAACGAUAUUGCGGACCCCGAGCUAAACCGCGUCAUUCAAGGCCACAAGGUCAACGGAGCGGCUCUUUGCCCAUCGUCUCUCUACGCGGAUAUUGCACAGACUCUUGGCGAGUUCCUGGUCGAAAAGUACAAGCCCGACUGGAAAGAACGAGGCUUCGAUGUUUGCAAUGUCGUUGUCCCCAAGCCCAUGAUUGCGAAGGGCGGCAAGCAGCUCUUCCGUGUUUCAGCCACAGCCAAUUGGGCUGACGAGAGUGCCCAUUGUCAGGUCUGGUCUGUCACUCCCGAAGGAAAGAAGAUAAUCGACCAUGCCACUUGUACUGUCAAGUUCUUCAACACAAGCGUCGCAGAGAUGGAGUGGAAACGCAGCAGUUACCUUAUCAAGAGAAGCAUUGAGCAUCUCAAGGAGAGCACCGAGACCGGUGACGCCCACCGUAUGAAGCGAGGCAUGGUGUACAAGCUUUUUGCCAGCCUUGUUGAUUACGAUGAGAACUACAAGUCGAUUCAAGAAGUCAUUCUGGACAGUGAUCAACACGAAGCCACUGCUCUGGUUAAGUUCCAAGCUCCUCCUGGAAACUUCCACCGCAAUCCAUUCUGGAUUGACAGCAUUGGCCAUCUGUCUGGUUUCAUCAUGAAUGCUAGCGACGCGACUGAUUCAAAAAACCAGGUCUUUGUCAACCACGGUUGGGACUCGAUGCGUUGCUUGAAGAAGUUUGAUCCUAGUGUCACCUAUCGCACCUACGUGCGUAUGCAGCCAUGGAAAGACUCUAUCUGGGCUGGUGAUGUCUAUCUCUUCGAGGGCGACGAUAUUGUUGCUGUUUACGGUGGAGUUAAGUUCCAGGCACUGGCCCGGAAGAUUCUCGACACCGUCUUGCCUCCCGCUGGUGCUUCUGCUGCUAAGCCUGCCGCUAAGGCCAAGCCUGCACCAAUUGAUGUCCAGAAGGCAAAGCCAACGCCAACCAAGAAAGCUCCUCGCGCGGCGUCUACUCCUAAGUCUGCAGGCCCGAGUAUUGUCACUCGUGCCCUUGCAAUUCUGGCUGAAGAGGUUGGAAUGUCUACCGGUGAGAUGACAGACGACUUGAACUUUGCAGACUACGGCGUUGAUUCUCUUCUCUCAUUGACUGUCACCGGUCGUUACCGGGAGGAGAUGAGCAUUGACCUGGAGUCUUCCGUCUUUGUGGACCAGCCUACCAUCAAGGACUUCAAGCAGCUUCUGUUCACUAUGUGCCCCAGUGAAAGCAGCAGCGAUAGCUCUAGCAGUGAGCAUGAUAUCUCGUCCGCGGCAUCCUCCACCGACAUCUCAUCGCCCAACUCGAGUGGUCUUCCCUCUCCCGCUAAUGAGAAGACAAUGACCCUCGAGCAAAACGAUAGCAUGAAGCAAAUAGGCGCGAUUCUGGCCGAGGAGAUUGGCGUUGAGCCCCAUGAGCUUGAGGGCGAUGCCAACCUUGCCGAGAUGGGCCUCGACUCUUUGAUGUCGCUGACAGUUCUGGGUAAGAUUCGCGAGGAUCUCGAUUUCGACCUACCAGGAGAAUUCUUCAUCGAGAACCAAACCCUCGAUGAAAUCGAAACUGCUCUGGAUCUGAAGCCGAAGGCCAUUCCUUCUGCGCCAAUCCAACUUCCCGAGCAGAUUCCGGCCGAAGCUCCCAAGGUCAUAUCCAAGACUGCCAUCCAGCACCCCCCUGCGAGUUCCAUCCUGCUACAAGGAAACCCCAAGACAGCCACCCAGAAGCUCUUCCUGUUCCCUGAUGGCUCCGGAUCUGCCACCUCGUACGCCACGAUUCCCGGAAUCUCUCCCGAUGUCUGCGUGUAUGGACUCAACUGCCCAUACAUGCGAACUCCCGAGAAGUUGAAUUUCAGUCUGGACGAGCUCACCUACCCCUAUGUUGCUGAAAUUCGUCGCCGCCAACCACAGGGCCCGUACAACUUCGGCGGCUGGUCUGCGGGUGGUAUCUGUGCCUACGAUGCAGCCCGCCACCUCAUCUUCGACGAGGGCGAGCGUGUCGAGCGGCUACUCCUCCUCGACUCGCCGUUCCCGGUUGGUCUUGAGAAACUUCCUCGUCGUCUGUACGGGUUCUUUGAUACCAUCGGUCUCUUCGGAGAGGGCAAGGCUCCCCCGCCAAGCUGGCUACUACCGCAUUUCCUAGCCUUCAUCAAUUCCCUUGAUGCUUACAAGGCCUCUCCGUUCCCCUUCAACGACAGAGAACACGCCGAUAAGAUCCCCAAGACUUUCAUGGUGUGGGCUAAGGACGGCGUUUGCAACAAACCCGAUGACCCCCGUCCUGCUCCUGCGGAGGAUGGAAGUCCCGAUCCUCGCGAGAUGCUGUGGCUGCUAAACAACCGCGAGAAUCUCGGUCCUAAUGGAUGGGAUACCCUUGUUGGAGAGAAGAAUGUGGGCGGCAUCACCGUCAUGGAGGGAGCUAAUCAUUUCACCAUGACGCGCGGCGAGAAGGCGCAGGAGCUUGCGGCUUUCAUUGCUGGUGCUAUGAAAACUGUCUAA